ACCGCCAGGAUCCAGGUGCUGGCAGAAACAUGCGCAAAACACCAGCCGAAGCCGCGCUUGGAGACUAGAGCAUGCGCAUCGUCAGCUAGAGCGUUCGGUGGACAGUGAGCAUGCGUACCAUAUCUGAAGUUCGUAAAUUGAAAUUGAACAUGCGUAAUUAAUCUUUCUGAAUAGGAAAAAAUAUAUACACAACAAAACUCUCCGUUUAUGGAACAUGCGCAUUCGUUCUUAGUAAGUUUUUCGUGUUGAAAGUGAGCAUGCGCAUGGUGAGUAGGUUGCUCCGAAGUUUGAACCGGAGAGAAGCGCUGGUCAGCGUCUGGCGGUUGUUUUUAGAGGUAAUACACCUAGUUUGUGGCUCAGCAUGUCAAUUGUAACAGUGCAACUUGGUCAGUGUGGCAAUCAGAUUGGUUUUGAAGUUUUUGAUGCUUUGCUUAGUGACUCACACAGUUCCCAGGGACUCUGCUCUAAGAGAGAGAAUGAGGCAUAUCAAGCAUCUUGCAAAGAAAGAUUCUUCAGUGAGGAGGAGAAUGGAGUUCCAAUUGCCCGGGCUGUUCUUAUUGACAUGGAGCCCAAAGUUAUCAAUCAAACGCUGUCAAAGGCUGCCCAGUCUGGCCAAUGGAAAUAUGGUCAACAUGCAUGCUUCUGUCAAAAACAAGGUUCUGGAAACAACUGGGCAUAUGGUUAUUCUGUUCAUGGACCCAGGCAUGAAGAAUCUAUAAUGAACCUAAUCCGGAAGGAAGUGGAGAAAUGUGACUCUUUCAGUGGUUUUUUCAUCAUAAUGAGUAUGGCUGGGGGCACGGGAUCAGGAAUAGGAGCUUUCGUUACACAGAAUUUACAAGAUCAGUACUCAAACUCAUUGAAAAUGAAUCAGAUUAUUUGGCCUUAUGGAACUGGUGAGGUUAUUGUUCAAAACUACAACUCCAUUUUGACACUUUCUCACUUGUACCGAUCUUCAGAUGCCCUCCUUAUUCAUGAGAAUGAUGCCGUCCAUAAGAUCUGUGCAAAACUGAUGAAUAUCAAGCAGAUCUCCUUUAGUGAUAUCAAUCAAGUCCUCGCACAUCAGCUGGGAAGUGUGUUCCAGCCUACUUAUUCUGCAGAAAGCUCAUUUCACUACAGACGAAAUCCACUAGGAGACUUAAUGGAGCAUUUAGUUCCCCAUCCUGAAUUCAAGAUGCUGAGUGUUCGUAACAUUCCUCACAUGUCUGAGGAUUCAUUGGCAUACAGCACAUUUACUUGGGCUGGCCUCCUCAAGCACUUGAGACAGAUGCUCAUUUCUAAUGCAAAGAUGGAAGAAGGUAUUGAUUGGCAUGUACGGCCUCCUUUAUCAGGACUUCCUCCUCUUGGUAAAAUGUCUCUCAACAAGGACCUGCAUUUUAACACUUCCAUUGCUAACUUGGUCAUUCUUCGUGGGAAAGAUGUGCAAAGUGCAGAUGUGGAGGGAUUUAAAGAUCCAGCUCUCUACACUUCCUGGUUGAAGCCUGUUAAUGCUUUCAAUGUGUGGAAAACCCGGCGGGCCUUUAGCAAAUAUGAGAAGUCUGCAGUGUUGGUCAGCAAUAGCCAGUUCUUAGUAAAACCACUUGAUAUGAUUGUCGGGAAGGCGUGGAAUAUGUUUGCUUCAAAAGCCUACAUUCAUCAGUACACAAAAUUUGGAAUUGAAGAAGAGGACUUUUUAGACAGUUUCACGUCCUUAGAGCAGGUUGUUGCCAGUUACUGUAACCUCUGAUCUUGAACAAUGGGAAAAGUACCUUAAGGCAUUUUUGGACUAAAAUAUUUUCAAUACUAUUUUCUCUGUAAAGUUUUCAAAGUUCUCCAUCCUGGCUAACACGGUGAAACCCUGUCUCUACUAAAUUACAAAAAAUUAGCUGGACGUGGUGGCGGGCGCCUAUAGUCCCAGCUACUUGGGAGGCUGAGGCAGGAGAAUGGCGUGAACCCAGGAGGCGGAGCUUGCAGUGAGCCGAGAUCGCACCACUGCACUCCAGCCUGGGCGACAGAGCAAGACUCCAUCUCAAAAAAAAAAAAAAAAAAAAAAAGUUUUCGAAGUUCCAUUCUGUUAAAGUAACCACGUAGAAUGCUGAGUCUAUUCUGCAUACUAUGCCCACAGAAAAGGAAGAAAACUUUUUAAAUGGAGAAUCGCAUGUUUUCAAUGAAAACAUUCACUUGGUAUUUUAUUUGUAAGAAAAAAAAUGGUGCUUUUAUAAAGAACUUUGGGGAAACACUUUGCUGAAAUGUUGGGACUCUGGAACUAGCCAAGAAAAGAGAAUAUUCUCUUUGUCUACAUGUUCCUAAAUCUUUACUACAAAACAACUGCAAAAACAACUCACAAAGCAUGAACCAAACUUUCACAGCAUAACUUCAAGCUAAGGAAUUGUAAUUCUGUACUUAAUAUAUUCAUGUUUGAAAUGAAUGCUUUGAACCACAGGAGGGAGAUGUUGUCAAAUGCUACAGUGUGAACAUGUAUUUGGAAUAUUCUGUAACAGGGUGUUUCCACUCUAAGCAGCUAUUUAAAAAUAAACAUGAGGAUUUUGGUAAUAAAUGCUUAUGCUUAAGUACAAAAGUAAA